GAUCAAAGUAAAGGUGUACCUUGGUAGAUCCACUUCCUCUUCCUCCUACACACAAAUUCUCAGACAAAACAUCCACACUCUAGGACAGAGCAAAACGGCAGAACAACUAGCUUUUACUCUUUAAUGCUCUCUCUCUCUCUAGAUUCUCCCCCUCUCUCUCAUCCCUUCUUAAAAGCAGGAAAAGAAAACCCUUGUUUCUCUCCAAAAGCCCCCCUUUACUUUUCUCAUUUACAGUCUCUGUGAUAUGAUGAUAACAACAACAAUAGGUGAUUUGAGAUGAGAUUAUGGCUGCUAUCUUGAUGGCUCAAAACAACAACACCAAUGCAAGUGAUGAUGUUAAACCCACUAUUUUACAUGACUUUCUUGGCCGUGGGUGUGCUCCGGUGACCAAGUUCACCGCCGGUAGUGAUGCCGCCGGUUGCUCCUCCCCUUCUGCCUCCGUCUCCGGUGGCGGUGGCCGUGGUGGUGGGCCGGUUUCCACCGCUUCUGAUCUGGGCUCCGAAAGGCAGGUUGGGACAUUUUAUGAAGGGGUGCCUUUCUUUGGUCAUAAAACCGAUGUUUCGGGUUCCAAGAUUCGGUAUUCGGGGAGUAAACGCAGCCACUCCGAUUCGGGUUUCAUGCCGCCUUCAAGAUUAGAAGGUAUCCCCCAACCGCGACCAGAUUUACCCGAAACGUCACAUUUAAUGAAGAUGCUUAGAAACGUGGGGUCGGAGCGGCCCAGAUGGCCCCACGAAGACGAACCGUUCAUGGGCGUGCACCAAACGAGGCCAACGUCGUCAUCUCAUGUGGUGCAACCUGCGAACGCAUCUAAAUGGGAACGCACGAUUCCUGUGAACGUUGGGCCUGUACUGCAGUAUCCACCUCGUGCCGGUCCUUACGGUUACCAACCGGUUUCAAACAGAUUCAAAGAUUCCAACGCGGGUCCCCCUUUAAUUUCCCAGUUGGCUGCUGAUGAAGGAUCUAGAACCGGAAUCAAAGGGUCUGGGAUUUUGAGCGCGGUUAAUGCUAGUGGUUCAGUGGCGGAACCGAGCAGUAGUAAACUAAAGUCUUUGAUUAGUAACAUCGAGCCUAACGCUUCAACUCCACCUUCUCGUCAAGGAUCGGCAUCGGUUAGUCGCCAGAUGACCAUAUUUUACGGCGGUCAAGCUCACGUGUUUGACGAUGUUCACCCGAACAAGGCAGAUGUAAUCAUGGCCCUAGCUGGGUCAAAUGGAGGAUCAUGGUCAACGAGUUUCUUACCAAAUUCAUCUCUAAAACCGUCCGGUGGUGAGGCUAUUGUGUUGAAUGGAGGACAGGGUAACAUUUCAAUGAAAGAUGCAAGAGAUCAAAAGAGUGAAGAGAAACAGUGAAGAACGAUUCGGAAACUCUUUCAAAGGUAUUUCAUCACUAAACAAAUGAUUGUUGUUUUGGGGAGUUGGAUUAUGGUGUAGUUUAGCUAUAAUAUCGGGUUAUCUACGUUGUAUUUUGAAUGCCAAAACGAUUCAGUUUAAUCUAAAAUCGUUUCUAAACUUGUAUUAGCGGACUGUAUUUGAUAAAAGAAGUUAGCGAUAACAAGAUAGAUCGGGGAAUA